GCCGGCGCCGGCUGCCCGCCCGGGCGCCGCGGCCCCUUUGUGAGGCCGCCGCUCGCGGCGAGAUCGAGUCCCUGCCCCGGCCGCGGGCCGCCCGGCCGCCGAGCGAGGAGAGCUGUGUUUUCUCUGAACACUGCUCAGAGAGGAGCCGGAAGGAGGAGGGCAGAAGAGCUGUCAUAAUUUCUUAAAGCCAUGUCCGAGGAUCUCGUGACAUUUGGGGACGUGGCUGUCAAUUUCUCGCAAGAGGAGUGGGAAUGGCUGAACCCUGCUCAGAGGAGUCUGUACAGGACGGUGAUGCUGGACAACUACAGGAGCCUGGUAUCGCUGGGAGUUUCGGUUUCUAAGCCAGAUGUGAUCUCAUUACUGGAGCAAGGAAAGGCGCCCUGGAUGGUGGAGGAGGAGGAGCCGAGGGGAGCGUGCCCUGACUGGGAGUAUGCAUUUAAAAACAAGGAAUUUCCAUCAAAGCAAGUUAUUUAUGAAGAAUCAUCCAAAGUAAUGAUGAUGGGAAGAAGCCAUCUUAGUUAUAACCUCAACUGCUCCAGUUGGAGAGGGGACUCUAAAAGGACGGACUGGUUUAAGAACCAGUUGGGAACUCAGGAGGUACAUGCUAGUCAGCUGAUCAUCACUCACAGAGAAAUCCUAAAUGAGGAUCACAGAAAUGAAUAUACUAAGUCCUGGCAAACUUUCCAUCAGGAUACAAUCUUUGAUAUAAAGCAGAAACGUAAUAAGCAUGAGCCACAAAAGAGAAGUUACCGGAAAAAACCUGUCGAGAUGAAACGUAAGAAAGUCUAUGUAGAAAAGAAACUCUUGAAAUGUAAUGAAUGUGAGAAGGUGUUCAACCAGAGCUCAUCUCUCACUCUUCAUCAGAGAAUUCAUACUGGAGAGAAGCCCUACGCGUGUGUCGAAUGUGGGAAAACCUUCAGUCAGAGUGCAAACCUAGCUCAACAUAAGAGAAUCCACACUGGAGAGAAACCCUAUGAAUGUAAGGAAUGCAGGAAAGCUUUCAGCCAGAAUGCCCACCUUGCUCAACACCAGAGAGUUCACACUGGAGAGAAACCUUAUCAGUGUAAAGAGUGUAAAAAAGCCUUCAGCCAGAUUGCACACCUGACUCAACACCAGAGAGUUCAUACUGGAGAGAGACCUUUUGAAUGUAUCGAGUGUGGAAAGGCCUUUAGUAAUGGUUCAUUUCUUGCUCAGCAUCAGAGAAUUCACACCGGAGAGAAACCAUAUGUGUGUCAUGUGUGUGCGAAAGCCUUUAGCCAUCGUGGAUACCUAAUUGUACAUCAGAGAAUUCAUACAGGAGAGAGACCCUAUGAAUGUAAGGAAUGUAGGAAAACCUUCAGCCAGUAUGCACACCUUGCUCAACACCAGAGGGUUCAUACUGGAGAGAAACCUUACGAAUGUAAAGUAUGUAGGAAAGCCUUCAGCCAGAUCGCGUACCUUGAUCAACAUCAGAGGGUUCACACUGGAGAGAAACCCUAUGAGUGUAUCGAAUGUGGGAAGGCCUUUAGCAACAGUUCGUCACUUGCACAACAUCAGAGAAGUCAUACCGGAGAGAAACCUUACAUGUGUAAGGAAUGUAGGAAAACGUUUAGCCAGAACGCAGGCCUUGCUCAGCAUCAGCGAAUUCAUACUGGAGAGAAACCUUACGAAUGUAACAUUUGUGGGAAAGCCUUUAGCUAUAGUGGGUCUCUAACUCUACAUCAGAGAAUUCAUACAGGAGAAAGACCCUAUGAAUGUAAGGACUGCAGGAAAUCUUUCAGGCAGCGAGCACACCUUGCUCAUCAUGAGAGAAUUCACACUAUGGAGUCAUUCUUGACUCUUUCCUCCCCCUCAGCCUCUAUGCCCAGUCAGCUGCCAAGACCUGUAGGCUUUAUCUCCUAAAUAUGCCUUGAAUCUGACUCCGUUAAUCCAUUUCCAUUCUAUCAAUGUUUGUCCAAUACACGAUAAUCUAUUUGACACAGACUAUGGGAAGGGCUUUCUAACCCAUCCCCCUGUAUUCCUGUUAGUAAUCCAUACUGCAGUCAAACUUGUAUUUAAAGAGUCUGACCAUAUCACUUCUUCAUUAAAACCGUUCACUGCCAUCCUGUAGGGCUUAGUUCAAGGUGCACAUCACUCAAAAUAGCCUAAAAGACCCCUGCCCCCCAAUACCUUGUCCCACUUUACAUUUCAGAGUCCCAUUUCCUGUGACUGUCUCAUUCCUGGGCUACUUAUCAAAAUUCAGAAUUCAUAUUGCAGCAACAACUAGAUCAGGGUUCCAGUUCUUAAUGUUCCAUCUUCUAGCCCUCUAGUUCUGGAGAAACAUUUUGUUCCUUGUAAGCAUCUUGUCUUUUUAUUUCUAUUAUAGAAAUAAUAAUGGUACUACCUCAAAAGUUAAUGGGAGGAUUAAAUGAGAUAAUGCAUGUAAAUUGCUCAGCACAGUGCCUAGCAUAAUCAAUAAACAUUAAUGUAAAAUAAAAAGGUAACUAUGUAUACAAAGAAGACCUGAUCAUCUUAGCAGUGAUUAUCGGUGAAAUAACGAAACAGCUCAAGACCCAGGAGACUAAAGAUUUUUGAGUAAAAGAGCAGCCCUUGUUCUGAAGCUGAGUGAAAAGGGUAUCCAACACAGUAGAGUUAAUGUUGGAGUUCAUGAUGAUAGAGUUAAGAUGAUGGCUCCUGUUUCAGUACAAACAUGGAAAUAUGAUUUUGUUGAUAAGAAAAACUAACUUCAUUAUAUAUUCAGUUUUAAGAAACCAGAUGUUAUUACAACAUCAAUUGUAAUAAGUAAAAUUUACUGAGAUUUAUUCAUCAUUUACAUUUAAACAAAGGCACUAUAGUCCUCAAAAGACAGAAAACUUUAAAAGAUCAAUAACCAAAGAAGAUUAGAAAACAAAAUUUAACUUAGCGUUCCUAAUUCUAGGUAGAUGAAUCAUGUUAAAUCCAUGUCAUUUAAAUAGAAAAGGUGUUAGGUUCUAAGCUGUAAUUCCAAGACCAGAGGGAAAAGAAAUCAAAACUAUAGGUCAAAACUCAUAAACAUGUUUGAUUUGUGUGAAAUUUAAAAUGAGUACCUUUAGAUGGGCAUUUGUUUUCCACUUUUCCACAGUUCAAACCACUACCUGUUGCCUUACAUCUGACUUGUUUUACACUGUAUUACUUCCUGACUCCUGAAGGCUUUGUGCAGCCAGUGCUGGAACCAUUUCUCAUGUGACUAUAAGUACAAACAAAAUGAGUAAAGUUUAAUGGAGGAUGAGAAGAACAGACAUUUCAUCCUUCUGUAGGGGAAGAUUCAGUAUUAUACAGAUGUUAGUAAGCCCCAAAUUAAUCUAUUGAUUCUUUGUACCUAACAAAAUCCUAAGAAUUUAAGGCUUGAAACAUCGUGUUUGUCAACACACACACAAACAUUCACAAUAGAUAUACACAUAAAGAAAAUAUAUAAUAAAGGUGCUAGUUCAUUGUCAGUAGCUUAACAGUACUGGUAUAUGAGAUUCUGCUCAAAAUUAUUUCUGUACAAAACAACUGUCUCAUUCUUUUAUCCAAAUGCAAAACAGAGUCAUUAGAGGACAGCAUACAUAAUCAUGGAAAACAAUCUCCCUAAAUACAACAUGAGAUCCAGAAACCACACACAUGGAUUCUUGACUAUAUAAGAACUUUAAUGAACUUUCAUAUAGUCAAAGAUAGUACAAAAGGUUUUUAAACAUUAGAAUUUGAAAAAAUUAGUAAAAUAUGUUUAACCUAUGAGAUUGAUAUCCUUAACAUAAAAGUACUCCUCCAAAUCAUUUAGAAAAUGACACCUCUUAUGGGUAAGGGGAAUAAAGAGAUAACUGAUGAAAAUGAUAAGUACUGACUCUCACAAGGAUCAGAAUACAAGUUAAACAAGUGAACUACCAUCUUUCAAUAUCGGAUUGAUAAAGUUUGCACUGCAAAAGCAUAGGAGAGAGGAGGUACUUCUGUGUACUGAUGUAAAGGUGACUUGUCAAUAUCAGAAUUUUCAAGGCUUUCUUUUGCAAUUAAACACGUUUGCCCUUCCAUAUCCUAUAACAGAUAAAACAAUUUAAAAAGUAUCAGAAAAGAGUCAAGUUUUGUUAAAGACAAAAGGGAAAAAAGUGCUUAUUCAUGAAAUGUAGCAGAAACAGCUGUGACCUGAAAUGUCUGCCUGAUGGAUUUCAGUAAUGGGAAGUCAAGUCUGUCCAAAGGUCUCUAGAGAAGCUCAUGCUCUAAGCUGGCUUGUGUAGAGGCUGGGGGUAACAAUUACGAGACAGUUUAUGAUUUUUUAUGUGAAAGUUAUGUCAGUAUCCCUACCAAAGCUUUCCCAUUAUACUCGUCUGUAAGUAAAAUAAAUUGGAUCCUUCUUUCACACCAUUCAGAAAGAUUAGUUCUAGCUGAAUAAAAUCCUAAAUGUUAAAUAGUAAAGUAUUAGGAUGCUUAUGACUUUGCUGUUGGACAUAUCUUCACAAACUAGACAAAAACGAAAGUCACAAAGUAAAGAUUAAUGAACAAUUUGAUUGUAUCAAAAGUUGUUUGGUCACUAAGUCUUGUCCAAUUCUUUGCAAUCCCAUGGACUGCAGCACGCUUUUAAAAAGACAAAAGAAACAAAAUGGGGAAAAGCUGUAAUAGAAUACAAAAGGAAAGGUGUAAGAAUAUCUAUAAAUAGGUACAGGACAACCAAGGGAGAAUAAAAAUGAACAAAGGAUAAUAAUGGACAAGUCAGAAGAAAUGCAGACUGCUGACACUGAGUCCCUGCUUAACCUCGCUAGUAGUAAGAGAUGCAAACUUAAAUAAUCUAAUUUUAAAACCUUGGCAGUUGUAUAGAGAAAUAACUACUCUUAUCAGUACCGCUUUGGAGGCAAUGAAGUUGUUAAAACUAACCCCUUCAGAGGGCCGUAUGGUUAGUACAUGAGACAGAACUAUCUAAAUUUCCAUCAAUAGAGAAAUACUGGCACCAGUUUAAAAGAAUGGACUGGUAAUAUUGAUAAGAAUUUGACUAGAAGGCACUGAUUAAAAAUUUGUAGAUUAAUAGAGACUAUAUAUUUAAAAUACAUUUCUAUAACUAUGCAAAUACACAGAAAUAAGUCCUGAACAGACAUCCAAUUUGUAAGUGUCUUACAGAGGGACCUGGAAUUGGACAUUCUGGUCAAGAGCGUAGAUUUAUCAUCUGUAAUGUUUUAAAUAAGAAUGUUAUCAUUAAACUAUGAAAAAAU